AUGUUGUAUGCAAUCUGCCUUCUGAGUUUCACAAUUCUGACGACAUUUAUCAAGAGGAGCGCCUGUAAGGCCUUUGCAAUUGUUGCCCAAACAAGUAUUAUAGAGGGAGAUACUGCAAUUCUUAAUGCAUUGGUCACGUCAAAAGAGGUUUGUGAUCAACCAUGGCCAGAAGCUGCUCGUAUCAGGGAGAAGUAUCCUGACAGAAUUUCAGUUAUUGUGGAGAAAGAUGAAAGAAGUGACAUACCAGACAUCGACAAGAAGAAGUAUCUGGUUCCUGCUGAUCUAACUGUUGGGCAGUUUGUUUAUGUGGUUCGGAAGAGGAUAAAGCUUAGUGCUGAGAAGGCCAUAUUUACAUUUAUCAAGAACAUUUUGCCACCUACUGCUGCAAUGAUGUCGGCAAUCUAUGAGGAAAACAAAGAUGAGGAUGAUUUCCUCUAUAUGACUUACAGUGGAGAAAAUACAUUCGGAUCCCUUUAAGUGCAGCUAAGCUGAGUAUCUGCAAAUAUAACCUUAAUAAG